CCUAUUCCUCAGUUUAUAUUGUGCUUAUAUAAUGAAGCCGUGAAUCUGUAAACAUAGAUUUAUUCAAAAGACAUGAAAAGAUGCCCCGCAUUUCAAAAUGCUACAAAUUGGGAGUGGUGUAGUGUGGGGAAAGAUCACAGCACGAUGAUGAAAUAACCCACUCUGGGGACUUUAAUUUGAACCAUCUGAGUGCUUGCAGUGAUAUCAACAAGUUUGGUGCAUUCCUAAUCGCUCAACUCUUCAGGCACACGCAGAACCCCAGGAAUAUCCUCUGCUAUUCAUUGUAUUCCUCUAAUUUAGGGGUUUGCGCUCGAUGCCAUGCUGCUACUGGUCUUUCUACUUCUCUUCAAUCAAAGUUUUGCAAGUCACAGAGCUUUGGACAAUGACACGUGCAAGAUUGAAAUCGCCAGGCUCCGCCUACAACUGCAAAACAUGCAGAAUCAGUUCCUGCUUGGAACUUGGCGGCUGAAGUAUCUAAAGGCGGACAAUCGAUACUGGAUACAUGAACACACCAAAACAAGAAGGAAGGAGCAAGUAGCCAACAUUGAUCCAAAUCUGUUGAUGUAUCACCAUGAUUGCUCGGAGGUGUAUAACAGUGGCAACACCACGAGUGGGUAUUACACACUGAAGCCAGUGUCUGCUGCCGACCCAUUCAUAGCCUACUGCGACAUGUCAGAGGGCGGAGGUUGGACCGUUAUCCAACGGCGCAGCAACGGCAAAGUCAACUUUAACAGAGGCUGGGAUGACUACAAAUCUGGCUUUGGGUUGUUUCAACGGAGGAAUGAUGAGUAUUGGCUUGGAAAUGAAAACAUGCACCAGAUCCUGGCUCCAGGAAAGUACAUAAUGAAGGUCGACCUGACAGAUUGGAAUGGAGAAGAGCGAUAUGCAACGUAUGAAAAGUUUAGCAUUUCAGAUGAAAAGGAUAAGUACCGGCUGAGCUUCGGAAGCUACAUUGGCACGGCAGGAGAUGCGUUGUCGGGAGGCUUGAUCCCAUGGGAGCAGUGGUCAUCUUCUCACAACGGGAUGCAGUUCAGUACAUCCGACCAAGACAACGACCGGUACACUCAGGGCAGCUGUGCCCACGAAGGCAGAAGCGGCUGGUGGUUUAACAGGUGCCACGCGGCCAACCUUAAUGGUAAGUAUUAUCGCCGUGGCAACUACAGCGCCAAGAACGACGAUGGGGUCGUGUGGACCACGUGGAGAGGCUGGUGGUACUCUCUGAGGUUCACCAGCAUGAAAGUCCGCCCACUCUACUACUUAGCUGGAUUGGGAAGCGGGGACUACGACAAUAUUAUUGGCUAAUACUUACUCUGAAGCAACUGCAUUUCCAUCUCAUUCUCAAAAUUAUUUUGUCUAAAUAAUGAAAAAUAUAUUUGGCAGCCAAACUGUAUACAAUGAGCCUCGAUGUAAUGGCUAAUAUUCUCUAUAUUUUUUUUACAAUAAAUUGUUUCUCUAAUUUUGAUUGCAAAAUGACAACCCUUUACAAUAGAUCGGCCAUGAUCGAGUGGUGGAGCAGACUCGAUGGGGCCCAAUGGCCUAAUUCUGCUCUUAUGUCUUAGUGAGUGGACAUGUUCUACAAAAGGACUGUUUGUUAGGGUCAUCUUAAAGGCGCAGGUUGGUGCUGUACUGAGAAAAGGAAUUGACACAUGCCACUUGAAAGAACCGAUAACCCACCCCUCCCAU